AUUCUUGUUCGUUAUUUGAUAUGGUUUUUCUCCUAUCAAAUAGGAACAUAUGUACUGGUUAAAAUUAAGAAAUGGAGCAGUGGCAAGCUAUUAUAGAGAAUUUAGAGCGUCCACGGGAUCAGUGUCACCGUACGUUCGAGAAAACAUUGGAAACUGCAGCCGCUUUGUUAAGUACCGCGGCGACUCAGCUCGCCCCUUUUGAAACAGAAUGGCUGGUGGAGACUCUGCUUCAUUCUCCAGUCGAGCUCUUGACAACUGUGUCCCAGAAGCGUGGCGACGAGGUGUGGCGUAAAGCUGUGGCAGACGCUCUGAAACUUAUGGCAAGCGUAGCUGGAUUGUCUCAUAAAUACUAUGAGCAGAUUGUUGAUAUCUGCCUUCUAAACUACGACCCUGAACUCCGUAAACAUGCGCUUGCAUGCCUUGCUGAGGUCGCUAAACAUUCAGAUGCUGCUACCAGAGACUUCGCAAGACACGUGCAAGCGUUGGAAGAAGCUACGCAGUGUCGUGCGCCUAUAGCACUUCUUGUUGGUGCGCUGUGCGAACACCACCCUGCAGUCGUGUGCGAUGAACUGACUCGCAUCUGGCGCGGGUAUCUCAACAUGCUUGGCAACAAUAAAAACACGGACACAGUGACUAAAUCAGCUCUAGAAGGCGUCUGCAGUCUCUUCAAGCAUUUCGGCGACGAGUUACCUUGCGCUGAACUCAACCACUUCUACGAUAACCUCGCCAAAGUAUACAUCGAUAAAUCUGGCUGCCAGACCGUAUGCUACAGUAUUCUGGCCGAACAUGCAUCCUUGUUCCGUGAACGAGUUUCAGCAGACCGUGCGCUGCGCUCGAAGCUGUGGGGCGCCGCGCCCCCUGCCACUCUGCUCGGUGUGUACGCAGUGGCACAGUGUGAGACCAAAACGGCAUUUAUAAACAUAUUAACAUCCGAGGUUCUUCCCCACACCCAGUCCCCGUCCUACCAAGUGAAAACGACCGCGUUACGAAUACUGGGCGCGACCAAAAGUUUCGGGGAUCUGUUGCAGUUCGCUGACAUACAUACACUCGAGUACGAACUGAGGGGGAAGGUGUCACAUGCUGAUGCCGAACUUAUAUUAUGGUGCGUAGAAUACAGCCUACCGAACAGCGAGCGACUGUUACAGGCCGCCAUAUUGUUUUACGAUAAUUUGCCGCAAGCCACGCGUAAGAAGAUCGUUGUCAAAGGCAUUUCAAACUCGCCGCCGGAGCUCAAACGAGCAACCAUACAGUUUUUGAUAUCACAAUCGUGCGAAGACUGGGAAGCGCGCGUGUGGCGCGAUCUUCUGGAAGACGAUGACGUCACGAUCGUGACAGCUGUCAUUCGAGAGCUGGCCGACUGUCUGGUAGCAGCCUUACAGGCGAUACAUGAAGACGAAAUUGAGGAGCUGCCCCCAAAGCUAUCCUCCCUACUACGCCUAGCAUCUCUAGUUCCGCCCGCACAUGCGGUGCCGCUGCGUGCGUGCGGCCCGCAGCUGCGGGGGCUCAUUCACCACGCCGCUACACUAAACGCCGCAAAAACUUUACUUGCGGGGGCCAGUGACUUGUAUAAGGUGAGUGUAGAGCCAUAUGUAGUCUUCCUACUAGCAUCUCUAGUUCCGCCCGCACAUGCGGUACCGCUGCGUGCGUGCGGCCCGCAGCUGCGGGGGCUCAUUCACCACGCCGCUACACUAAACGCCGCAAAAACUUUACUUGCGGGGGCCAGUGACUUGUAUAAGUCAAUACGGUUGCACAGAUGUCGGGAUGAAGCCACUCUGCACGCGGCAUGUCUCGCGCUCGUGCAGUCUCCUGAAGAUGUUGAUAUAGAUGCUGGUGAAAUUCUGACCGCGCUACAUAUAAUAUUUUCUAGCGACGUUGAACCGAAGAUACACAUCGAGGCUUUAAGGAAAUUCGACUAUUUACUCACGAAGGAGAAAAAAUCGGACAUAGACAUUCGUGAUGUAAUACGCUCAGUAGAGAAACUAAGAUCGCGCGGCGACCGAACAGACCGAGAUGUUCGGAUACUCCACAGAAAAAUCACUAUGUUCUUAGGCAAGCACGGGACCGUGGAUAUGAACAAUAACAGAGAUACUUGGGACGACGCCGUUGUGGUUGACUUGAAGAAAUCCCUCGCACUGACGUUACCCCACCAGGGGAGCUCGUAUAAGGUGGAUCUCAAAACUAUAUUGCUGCUGGCGCUACAGCAAGAAGACCCGCGCACGCUGCUGACGCUACUGGCCAUGUUGUGUGUCAACCUGUCAUCCAAUAAGGACGCAAACACACAGAGAGCAAUAAUACGCGUAGCGCGCUCAUUAGCGAACGCACACGCGGCGGGCGGCGGAGAUUACACCGCGCACAUACAACACGCCGUGCGGUUAUGCGACACAGCUGGCGUAGAUUUAUUGCAGCGUUGA